GCGCAACAUGAUUGUGCACCGACUCGGAACGGACUCUUAAGAUUCUUAUUGUUAUAUUUUUUAUACAGAAAAUGCUGCUACUCUUGAUCGACAGAGAGGAGUUCUGUUAAGAACUUUAGAAAAGCGAAAGAAUAGAAGAAAGGACUAUACAUCUUGUUGACUCAAACAGGCCUAGUGAAACUUCUGACACAAACACAAUGUUGAUGAAAGACCGGAUACAUCGAAAGGAGAAAGAGCUCAAAACAACAUACGCCAAGAUCAAAGCCUUUCAAGGUCCACCACCGGUGCAUCUUCAAUCUAACUUGAAGCUAAUGGACACGAGACACUUCCAGCUUCGUGGACAGUUGCUUGUAAGAAUGGCUGAUGGUGUCUCGUGAGAAGUUAUAAUGGAGGAUCAACAAUGCUGAAAGAUCCCAUUAGAUGUGCCAUACUGCCCGUGAUCGACUUAAGCAUAUCUGGAAGUUUGGGACGUAACAUCAUAUCUCGUACCUCGAUCGUGGCCAUCUGCGCAGCCUUAACAAUAAUAACCCUUUGUGUGUGUUCUCAGCA